AUGGAGGCCAUCAAGCAGGCUCUUCAUCUUGGCAAGUCCAACGAUGCCCCGGCCGAGCCCACUCCCGAGGCUCUCAAGGAGCUCAAGGAGAAGUACACAAAGGCCGGCCAAGAGCAAGUCUUCACCUUCUACGACUCUCUCUCAUCGGCCGAGCGAGGAACUCUGUACCAGCAGCUUUCUGGCUUCGACCCCGCCCACAUCAACGACAUUACACACCGCGCCUUGAACCCUCCCAAGACCAGCGAUGAGCCCGAUCGCCUCGAGCCUCUCCCCGAAUCUGCUACCGCUAGCAUUCUCGACUCCAGUGCCGAUGAUAUCUCCAAGUGGUACGACUCCGGUCUUGACCUCAUCUCCAAGGGUCAGGUCGCCGUUGUCCUCAUGGCUGGCGGUCAGGGUACUCGUCUUGGUAGCUCUGCCCCCAAGGGUUGCUACGACAUUGGCCUGCCAUCUCACAAAUCUCUCUUCCAACUCCAGGGUGAGCGAAUUGCCAAGGUUCAGGAGCUUGCUGCCAAGAAGUCUGCUGGCUCCAGCCCUAUUGUUCCCUGGUAUGUCAUGACCAGCGGUCCUACUCGUGGCCCUACCGAGAAGUUCUUCCAGGAGAACAACUACUUUGGCCUGAGCAAGGACAACGUCAAGAUCUUCGAGCAGGGUGUUCUGCCUUGCAUUUCCAACGAUGGCAAGAUCCUUCUCGAGACCAAGGGCAAGGUUGCUGUUGCCCCUGAUGGAAACGGUGGCCUCUACCAGGCUCUUGUCAUUUCUGGUGUUGUUGAUGAUAUGCGAAAGCGCGGUAUUCAGCACAUCCACGCCUACUGCGUUGACAACUGCCUUGUCAGGGUCGCCGACCCCGUCUUCAUUGGUUUCUCUGCCGCCCUUGACGUCGACAUUGCUACCAAGGUUGUCCGUAAGCGCAACGCUACUGAGUCCGUCGGUCUGAUUCUCUCCAAGAACGGCAAGCCUGAUGUUGUUGAGUACUCCGAGAUCGACAAGGCCACUGCUGAGGAGCUUGACCCCAAGCAGUCCGAUCUCCUUCGAUUCCGUGCUGCCAACAUUGUCAACCACUACUACUCGUUCCGCUUCCUCGACUCUAUUCCUCAGUGGGCUCACAAGCUCCCCCACCACAUCGCCCGCAAGAAGAUCCCCUCUACUGAUCUUCAAAGCGGCGAGACCGUCAAGCCCGAGAAGCCAAAUGGCAUCAAGCUCGAGCAGUUCGUCUUUGAUGUCUUCCCCUUCCUGACCCUGGAUAAGUUUGCCUCGCUCGAGGUCAAGCGUGAGGACGAGUUCUCUCCCCUCAAGAACGCUCCUGGCACUGGCGAGGAUGACCCCGAUACCAGCAAGGCUGAUAUCAUGACCCAGGGCAAGCGCUGGGUCGAGGCUGCUGGUGCCAUUGUCGUUGGUGACAAAGCCGAUGUCGGUGUUGAGGUGUCCCCUCUCAUCAGCUACGGUGGUGAGGGUCUGGAGAAACUCAAGGGUACCGAGAUUACACCCCCUACUCUCCUGUGGCGAGAGUAA